UUGACAUAUUGACAUUUAUGUCAAAACCUAUCAACCGAAAACAUUUCCCCUAUACUUAUUAUUUACUUACUCACUUACUCUUUGUAUUUAGUUCAUACCGGCAAUGAUAAUUGCCCAUUAAUAUCAAACUUUUAUAUAUUUAUGUCAAAUGUAAAUGUUAUUUCAUUAACCAAAAAUGGCUGAUGAAGACGAUGAGGGAGGCUUCGGAGGGUUGUAUGAGAAUGGACACUGGACUUGGGAUGAGCAAACACAAGGAUUAUUAUUUUGAUCUGCCACCAGCUCACGUAGAGGCUGUUCAAAUAACAAGCAAAGCACCGACUGGCACUAUCGAAUUCAGAGAUGAUAUUGAUUUAAUUGAACAGCUUCGAUACAAACGACGGUACCAAAGGAAACCGACACCGGGAAAAGUUGAUUUAGUUACCCUACAGGAUGUGAAAGACAUAGCACUAUACACUGCUCCUGUUAGCAUAUUGAGUCCGAUGCUCAUUGACUUGUUACAUUUGCCUUCCACAGAAAGGUUUCUCAGAGCUCUCAUAUUCUGCUGUGCUUACUAUUUGCAGAUAGCAGAAGAAAUGUCCAAACGCAUAGCAGACCUAGCAAAUAAAGUAAGGACUAAGCAAUGUGAAAUUUUGGAAAAUCAGUUUCGCGAAAACUUAUCAGAUUUGAGGAUUUUAGUAGCCAAAGAAUACUGCAUUUUGCUUAUAGGUGGUGGAGAAAUGAAAAAAUUUCAUCACAUGGGCAAGGAGAAGAAGAGGCGGUCGUUGUCUGAUAAAGAUGCACGAUUAUUUGAAACUUUUGUACGCAUGUCCGUACAAAUUGUUUACUUGGCUCUCGGACGCAGAAAUUUUCAUCAAAUUGAACUAGAAUGUCACCGAGUAUUAAAAUCUGAGAUAUUCAACACGGUGGAACACACGUUGAAGACUGGAUACCACUCGAAAAUGAUUCCUGAGGAGAAGAAAGUUCUAAUGGGGGCCUGUGUACAUCAUGUCAAGAAGCUUAACACACGAUCCCCGCUCAUGAACGAAAUGUUCUGUCGAAGACCUAUCGACUUUCGUUUAAUGGGAUUAGGAGUUAUCAAAUAUACGCAAUUAAGUACUCGACUAGAUUUCUUGCAUCUCGUCGUGUCUGGUCCAGAGGAGAAGUUGUUGGAAUCCAAUAUGUCAGUGGGACUCAUUGGCAUGCCGCGCUCUCUAUUCGACAUCAUGCUCCGACCCAUUGUAGGCCAAACCACUGAGAAGUCUAAAGCCUCUGUUAUGUCUGCGAAGAGCAUCCAAAGGAAAUCUUUGCAAGCACCUCAGAGGCUCUACCCUGAAAUUAUACUACCCCCAAGAGAUUCUAUUGAAAUGGACUUACCAUCGGUCUUUCCGGACACAUCGGCAGAGGUUCGACCGGUCAGCCAGACCCAGCUUCGCCGCUGGCGCAAUAGAUUCAUAAGACUUACGAAGCCAACAUCUGCAACAGUAGCAGCAGCAGCACCUGUAGUGCCUGCUCGUGCCGUUAGUGCCUAAUUCCCUAAGUUUAAUGUUUCGGAGGUAGAUUAUAUUUUAAACUAAUAUUUAGCUAUAUUUACUUAAUUAUUUUUAACACUUACCUAUUAGUUUUAAACCUCUUUAUAGUUACUUGUAUGACGUUAAAUGAAUUAAUUUAUUGUUUAACUAUACAUACGUGUUUAUAUUGAUUUCAUAAUAUUAUAAUUUUUAAUUUAACCUUAUAUUGGCAU